AUGUCAUUCUACGAAAACCAAUGCAACGCAUUACUUCCUAGCAUCAAUUCCAUCUACAGUGGUGGUAUCUUAGACAUCCUAAUGGGUAUAGACCGGGCCUUAAAACCAACCUUUGUUCGUUUUCUUUCAGCAACCCAAUUUUUCCUCAAGACAUCACAAGGCACUCCAUACUUGGGAAAGAUACUUGACUUUUUGUUUCUGAUCAUAUUCAGUGAUGACUCGAAUCUAUCUUUAAUUGCAUCCCGGACCAUUCUCACACUUUGCCAGGAAUGUCGAGAAAACUUGACUGAAUUUCUUCCCGUUUUGGAGGAGAUUUUGGGAGAGAUGCUCAAGUCCGAGAGUAUUGACAACUUGAUUCGUCAAAGGCUCUUCAACGCAUACGUUAGUGUAGCGCAAAUGUUGAAGAAUCCAGAAACAAUUGCAACCACACUCUUGAAUCUUUUAAACGCCAUACGGCAUCAAUUCACAGCUUUCAUGGAGCUACACAAAUCCUUGAAUAGUGAACAAGAAGAUUAUGUGAUAUCUCUUCUUUCGUGUGUGAACGAAGUAGGAAAGGCUUGCCAACUUCCAGAAGAAUUGGAAGAUUUCUACACUGCAGAACAGGCUACUCAAGUUAACAUGUACUGGGAAUCAGAUCCAUUGACUAUCAAGACACUCGUGCUUCAGAUAGUUGAAGAUUUUUCUAGGCACUUUCCUUCUCAUGCUAUUGUUACUGAGAAGUGUUGUCUCAUCCUUCGAAGUGGUAUUGGUGAACCCAUCAACGGUCCGUUCCAGUUUCUGUUUGACCUGAUAUUGCUCUACAUGAUAGCCGCAAUGGAUAGGGAAGUCGCCAAUGUUGUUCCUCACAUCUUCGGUUUGCUUGAGAAAUACGUACUGGUAAACUACAAGUCUUUGCCAACCGAGACACUAGAGGCCGUUAUUCAGCGCAUUUUCACAUCUCAUUUAGAGUUCAUCAAAACUGAGCCUGAUAUGGUUCUGUCGUCAGUCCAGCUUUUUGCAACCAUGCUUGAGAAAUCUCCGUCAUCGCUAGUCAAAUUGGACACUUUCAAGCUGUCCGUUGUUCCACUUGCUCUUGAUUCCUUAAUAGCUCAAGAAACAUUUAUUCUCAAAGCUGCCUCGAAACUCUGGAUUCACCUUCUAACGCUUCGAAGAGCGACAAAAGAAGAUCAAGAUUCAGUUCGGUAUCUCAUGACAAAUUCGGGAGUAGGCCAAGUACUUACGCGAAACUUAUUGUCGUCUUUCUUGAGCUCACCCAGAUCUAAUCUUGAAUACUACUAUCCUGUCUUUCGAAAUUUGAUUGGAAAAUAUCCGCUUGAGUUUAAGCAGUGGAUGGCUGAACAGAAUGCAGAUCAGGCAUUCAUUAACAAAUUAAUGAUUACCAGGGGCCAAAGGUCUGCAAAUGAAGUUUUGAAAACACUAUGGAUGGAUGUCAACCAUUUAACCGAUUACAACUCCAAUUCAUACUAA